UAUCUGACGACUCCCCGAAACCAUCAGCAAUCAAAGUCUGCAGCAGACUCCCCGCUGUUCAAACUUCCCGUUCUUCUACCCUUCACUCCCCAAAUAUCAAGCCAAAAUCAAGUAAAUUGAAACGAAAAAUAAAAAUAAAAAUACAAUUCCACAGAAACCCUUCUCUGGAGAGAGAUCAUCAAAACCCUAGAAUCACUUCUCGAUUCUUAGAGAGAGAGAGAGAGAAAGAGGGAGGGAGGUAGUAGUAUGCCUUUGAAGAACAUCGUUCGAGACGUUAGAGAUGGAAUCGGGAGCUUUUCCAGGCGAAGCAGCUUCGAGUGGAGGAGAGACCGAUCCGCGCCGGCAUCGGCAUCGAGCAUCUCUUUCGAUUUCGAUCCCGAGGACUUCAGUGGCGAGCAAAGCUGCUGGGCGAGCCUCCCACCGGAGCUGCUGAGAGACGUAAUGAAGCGGGUGGACGCCAGUGAGAGCGUUUGGCCAGCGAGGAAGCACGUUGUGGCGUGCGCCGCGGUGUGCCAGUCGUGGCGCCACAUGUGUAAGGAGAUUGUCAGCACGCCUGAGAUCAGCGCCCAGCUCACAUUCCCUGUCUCUCUCAAGCAGUCUGGACCUCGGACUGGGCCGAUUCAAUGCUAUAUCAAGAGGAAUAAGGCGACUUCCACUUACCAACUCUACUUGGGCCUUAAUCCUGAGACCGGUAAAUUUCUUCUUGCUGCGCGAAAGGUGAGGCGGCCUACUCAUGCAGAGUACAUCAUAUCAUUGGAUGCGGAAGACAUCUCCAGAAACAGUGUCAGCUACAUUGGAAAGUUGAGGUCAAACUUUCUCGGUACCAAGUUUGCCAUCUAUGACAGCCAACCCCCUUACCGUGGGGCUGUGACAUCAACAGGCCGUUCCAGCCGGCGAUUCUACAGCCGGAAAGUCUCACCCAAGCUGCCAUCAGGCAGCUACGGCAUUGCCCACAUUGCCUACGAGCUCAACAUGCUCGGCACCCGGGGCCCGCGCCGCAUGCGCUGCACCAUGCACUCCAUUCCUGCCUCUGCUCUCGAGUCUGAUGGUAUUGUUCCAAGCUACUCCAACUUCCCUCGCUCCUUGGACGACUCCUUUUCUGGCAUCUCUCUUUCUCAGUCCUUGGACCACAUUGCUGGAGAUCUCAAAUCAGUCAGCUCAUCCAGAUUCUCCGGCAGCACCCGGUUCACGGAAGUCUUGGUCGAUGUAUUUGGAAAGGAGGAGCCACUCAUCCUGAAGAACAAGCCUCCGAGGUGGCAUGAGCAGCUCCAGUGCUGGUGCCUAAAUUUCCGUGGACGGGUGACAGUCGCUUCAGUGAAGAACUUCCAGCUGAUUGCCUCUUCUGGGGAAUCAGCAGACAGUGCCAGGGCUGGAACUUCUCAGGCAGGGUCCAGUGAGCAUGAUAAGAUCAUCCUCCAGUUUGGAAAGAUAGGCAAGGAUUUGUUUACAAUGGAUUAUCGCUACCCAUUGUCUGCCUUUCAGGCAUUUGGUAUAUGCCUUAGCAGCUUUGAUACCAAACUGGCCUGUGAAUGAGAUAGGGACAAGUUGUAGUGGUACUAUAGGAUGUUGCUGCUUUCAUUGUUGUUGUCACUGUUGCUGUUGUGUAUGAUUGAUAAAAGGUCUGUUAAUUUAUGUUAGGGAUUGGCUGGCUGCCACAGUGAUGGGACAUAGUACACUGUUGCAGCAGUCAGUGAAAUGGCUUUGAUGAAAUCUUGUAACAGCUAAAUGAUGUAAUCUUUGCUGUAAGAUGGUGAAAUGGUUGUUAUCUCGUCUGCUUUUUGAAA